CUGUGGGGAGAUUGUAGCCUCCGCUUCGGACGAUGGGACUGAACUCAUCUCCCUCCUCAUCGCUGGCCCUCCUGACUCUCACCGUCUGCCUGCCAGGCAUUCUGGGACUGAACCUAGAGGGGCUGCUCUUGAGGGACCUGAUGAGAGGCUACAACAAGAACAUCCGUCCCGCAGAGAAGAACAGCGACAUCAUUGAGGUGAAGUUCAAGCUGACCCUCACAAACCUCAUCUCUCUGAACGAGCGAGAAGAGGCUCUCACUACCAACGUUUGGACUGAACUGCAAUGGUGCGACUACCGCUUGAGGUGGGACCACAUACCAGAAUAUGGAAACAUCACCUGCCUCCGCAUCCCGUCCAAAAGCAUCUGGCUUCCUGACGUUGGCCUGGAGAACAACGUGGAUGGGAAGUUUGAGAUCACACUGUACACCAACGCCCUGGUGAGCCCCUCGGGCUGCAUCCUCUGGCUCCCGCCCACCAUCUACCGCAGCGCCUGCUCCAUCACCGUCAGCUACUUCCCCUUCGACUGGCAGAACUGCUCCAUGGUCUUCCGCUCGCAGACCUACAGCGCAGAGGAGAUCGAUCUUGUUCUCACGUCCGAGGAGGGCCAGACCAUCGAGUGGAUCGUUAUUGAUCCUGAAGCAUUUACGGAGAACGGCGAGUGGGUCAUCAAACACCGGCCGGCGAAGAAGGUCAUCCAUGAACAGUACAGCAGAGAUGAGCUGGAAUACCAGCAGCUGGUCUUCUUCAUCAUCAUCCAGAGGAAGCCGCUGUUCUACAUCAUCAACCUGAUCGUGCCCUGUGUGCUGAUCUCAUCACUGGCCCUCCUCGUCUAUUUCCUCCCCGCUAAAGCUGGAGGACAGAAAUGCACCAUGUCCAUCACCACGCUCCUAGCACAGACUGUGUUCCUGUUCCUCAUUGCCAAGAAAGUUCCGGAAACCUCACAGGCCAUGCCGCUCAUUGGAAAGUACUUGAUGUUCGUCAUGUCGGUGACCACCAUCGUGGUGAUGAACUGCGUUAUCGUGCUCAAUGUUUCUCGGCGGACUCCAAACACACAUUCGAUGUCAGACAAAGUCCGGAAGAUCCUACUGAACUUGCUACCACGGGUUCUGCGCAUGAACAUGCAGCGCUGGACACCCACAGAACCUUCGUACAGCCUCCGACGGUGCAGCUCCCUGGGCCUCAUCGCCAAGGCGGACGAGUACGCCGCGUGGACGGCCCGCUCUGAGCUCAUGUUCCUCAGGCUGAGGGAGAGGGCCGGCCUGGCCAGGGCGGCGCUCGAGAAGAUCCAGAAUGGCCUGGCGGGAGACAUGGCCCAGGAACUGGGGUCCAGCCUGGCCCAGGCCUCGCCGGAGGUGCGGCAGUGCGUGGCUUCCUGCAAGCAUAUCGCUGAGAGCACCCGGCAGCAGAGCCGCUUCCACAGCGAGAACAACGAGUGGUUUCUGGUGGCCCGGGUGAUCGACAGGGUGUGCUUCAUCACCAUGUCGCUGCUCUUCAUCCUCGGGACUGUCAGCAUCUUCCUCAUGGGACACUACAACCAGGCCCCUCCCCUGCCCUUCCCCGGCGACCCCAGAAAAUAUUUACCAGAAUAACAAGAGACCAAACAAACAAUGACUGGCUGAUUCCGGAGCAGGUUUCUAAAACUGCUGGAACGUACCUGCCCCGGUUGUUACCACACCAAGGGGACCACAGGGGUGUAGCUGGACUGGCUGGUGUAGAAGAGCAAGAUGAGAGGCUGGAGACCUUGCUCACAUGGUUAACUUGUGGGGCAAGGUGUCCUCCAGAUAUUUGUUUACAAACACUGAGAUUUCGUUUAGAUUACUUUAGUUUAAUUGCCGUAACUUUCUACAGAGCUCUAGUGCUGGUUCAUGUUUGUGUGCUUUCUGGAAACAAGGCAGCAAAGAAAUGAUGAACUAAUGGAAUCUCUGCUCUGUAAUUCAUGCCAAAGCUUUAUAUCUUUCUGCUUGAAUUAGUUUUUUUCCACUUGCAGUGUAACUCCUGUGUGAAUGCAACUUUUAAAUGGCGGCAGGAUUUUCGGGGAGCACGAGCGAGCUGUACGUUCGCUUGAA